UUGACCAUGGCUUCGCCUUCAGAGUCUGUGACGUUCAGAGAGUUCUGCCCUCUCUACUAUCUCCUCAACGCCAUUCCCACCAAGAUCCAGAAGGGUUUCCGCUCUCUCGUGGUCUACCUCACAGCCCUCGAUACCAACGGGGACUACAUCGCCGUGGGCAGCAGCAUCGGCAUGCUCUACCUGUACUGUCGGCACGUCAACCAGAUGAGGAAGUACAACUUCGAGGGCCGAACCGAGUCCAUCACGGUGGUAAAGCUGCUGAGCUGCUUCGACGACCUUGUGGCUGCGGGCACAGCCUCAGGCAGGGUGGCAGUGUUUCAGCUGGUGUCUUCGCUGCCGGGGAGAAACAGGCAGCUGCGAAGAUUUGAUGUUGCCAGUAUUCACAAAAACAGCAUCACAGCUCUGGCCUGGAGUCCCAAUGGCAUGAAGUUGUUCUCAGGAGACGACAGAGGGAAAAUCGUCUAUUCUUCUCUGGAUCUAGACCAGGGCGUCUGCAGCUCCCAGCUGGUGUUGGAGGAACCCUCUUCCAUUGUGCAGCUUGACUAUAGCCAGAAAGUGCUGCUUGUCUCCACCCUACAGAGAAGUCUGCUCUUCUACACGGAAGAGAAGGCCGUCAAGCAGAUUGGGGCCCAGCCAAGGAAGACCGCUGGGAAAUUCGGUGCUUGCUUUAUACCAGGACUCUGUAAGCAGAGUGAUCUAACCCUGUAUGCAUCAAGGCCCGGGCUGCGACUAUGGAAGGCUGACGUCCAGGGAACCGUCCAGGCCACAUUCAUCCUGAAAGACGUCUUCGCCGGGGGCGUCAAGCCGUUUGAACUGUACCCGCGCCUGGAGCCCGCUGAUGGGACGAGCUGCAGCAUGCCCGAGAAGCACCUAGGGCUGGUCUCGUGUUUCUUUCAAGAAGGCUGGGUGCUGAGCUGGAAUGAAUAUAGUGUCUAUCUUCUGGACACGGUCAACCAGGUCACAAUUGCAGGCUUGGAAGGAGCAGGUGAUAUUGUGUCUGUUUCCUGCACAGACAAUGAAAUAUUUCUCCUCAAAGGUGAUCGGAACAUUAUCAGAAUUUCGAGCAGGCCUGAAGGAUCCACCUCACUAGGGAGAGACAGUCUGGAGACAUCAGGGUGUGCACAACACAUCCAUGUGCAGCGCUUGGACAAGCCACCAGGGACCCUGGUGUCUGCGACGCGGCUCCGGGGCUCCUCAGUGGCCAGUGAGCCCAUGAGCCGGAGCAGCUCGCUCAACUCCACCGACAGUAGCUCUGGGCUGCUGCCAGUUGGGCCCCUUGCUGCCUCAGAACCCAGGCAGGACAGCCAGCCCUCCUCCAAGAGAUUCAGUGUGAUCAGCUCUGAAGACUUUGACCAAGAGCUUGUUGUGAAACCAAUCAAAGUGAAGAAGAGAAAGAAGAGGAGGAACCCAGAAAGCGGGGGUGGAAGCACCUGCCACAGCUCCCUGGAGUCAACACCGUGCUGCGAACUUCCCAGUGGGAGCCCCCAGUCCCUGACCUCAGACUUGCUGUCCCUGGGCAGCAGCGUGGACCAGCUGAGCACAGUGUCCCUUGAGCGGAACAGUGGCCUGCCAGAGAGCAACGACUCUGAGACAUUUAGUGUGUUGGAGGCCCCCGAGGCCACCCCUGAGUUCCUGGGUGAGGAGCUCGAGGACAGAACUGAAACCCCGUUGUGUGACCUGGUGGGUGACAGGGACCCAAUCCAAGGAGGACAGAAUGCUGCUUUGUUCCUGGGGGAUGACAUGGACACAGACCCUGGAGAGGAGCCAGCUUCCACAAAGGAUGGGCCCAGCCACGAGCGGUCACCCUUCCAGGAACGGGACAGCUCUGCUGAGUCGCACGAGGUUGAGAACGUGGAACCCACUGACCCCCCGAGUGUGUCGUAUGAAGCCCCCUUUCUGGACCCUCUAGCUGUGCCUUCCAGCCUCUGUGCGGCUUUGCAUGCGGAGCAGCUGUUGACUGAGCCUGGGACUCACGAAGGCCAUGCCUCAGAGCCCAGUGAGGGUCAGGGCCUCCUCACUGGCCCACAUGCCUGGCAUGAUGUUCCUGCAGGUGGCACAGGUUGGACAGACUCAGGGAGCCUGGGAGGAGAGUUGACACCUCUGGUCUCUGUCCCAGCGCUCAGCAUCCCCAGGCCUCAGCACGAGCAGUUGUCCCAGGACCAGGUGUCCACGUCCAGUGACGAGGAGGACAUUUAUGCCCACGGGCUUCCCUCGCCAUCCUCGGAGGCCAGCGGAAUGGAGCUCGGAGACGGCCGCUCACUCCCAGAUGGGGACCGGCCAGGUGCAGACGCCACUGGGCUGCUGAAAGCUGACCAGUUUGCAGAGAGCUGGAUGGGCUACUCCGGUCCCGGCUACGGCAUCCUCAGCCUAGCGGUCUCCGAGAAGUACCUCUGGUGCCUGGACUACAGGGGCGGCCUGUUCUGUAGCGCACUGCCUGGCGCCGGACUGCGAUGGCAGAAGUUUGAAGACGCUGUCCAGCAGGUGGCAGUCUCACCCUCAGGAGCCCUUCUCUGGAAGAUCGAGCAGAAAUCCAACCGCGCGUUUGCUUGUGGGAAAGUGACUGUCAAAGGCAAGCGGCACUGGUAUGAAGCGCUGCCGCAGACAGUGUUUGUGGCACUGAGCGAUGACACAGCUUGGAUCGUCAGGACAAAUGGAGAUCUGUACCUGCAGACAGGCCUCAGCGUGGACCGGCCGUGUGCCCGAGCUGUGAAGGUCGACUGCCCAUACCCACUGUCCCAGAUCACAGCCCGCAACAGCGUGGUGUGGGCCCUGACGGAGCAGCGGGCCCUGCUGUACCGAGAGGGUGUGAGCAGCUUCUGCCCCGAGGGCGAGCAGUGGAAAUGUGACAUCGUCAGUGAGCGGCAGGCGUUGGAGCCCGUCUGCAUUGCCCUUGGAGACCGGCAGACGCUCUGGGCCCUGGAUACCCGUGGAAAUCUGUGGUUCAGAACCGGCAUGGUUUCCAAGAAGCCGCAGGGGGACGACGACCAUUGGUGGCAAGUGAGCAUCACCGACUACGUGGUGUUCGACCAGGGCAGCCUCUUCCAGACACUCAUCCACGCCACGCACUCGGCGGCCACCGCGGCCCAAGCACCCGUCGAGAAGGUGGCAGACAAGUUGCGCAUGGCCUUCUGGUCUCAGCAGCCCCAGUGCCAACCCAGCCUUCUGGGCGUCAACACUGUGGGUGUCUGGCUGUCGUCUGGCAGGAACGAGCUUCAUGUCGCCAAGGGCAGUCUCAGAGGCACUUACUGGAAUAACGUGGUUCCCCACGGGACAGCUUCGGCAGCAAAAUGGGCCUUUGUGCUGGCCUCCACAGCUCCCUCACGGGAAGGAAGCUCCCUGUGGCUAUGUCACAGCACCAAGGACCUUUGCCGUGUCAGCACCCAGAGCGCCCAGUCUCGACCCUCCACCGUGCAGCUGCCCCCCGACGCUGAGAUGAGGGCCUACGCCGCCUGCCAGGACGCGCUCUGGGCACUGGACAGCCUCGGGCAGGUGUUUAUCCGGACGCUGUCCCGGAGCUGCCCCACAGGGAUGCACUGGACUCGGCUGGAUCUCUCCCAGCUAGGGGCUAUAACACUGACAAGCUUGGCAUGUGGAAAUCAGCACAUCUGGGCCUGUGAUUCCAGGGGUGGUGUUUACUUUCGCGUCGGGACCCAGCCUCUCAACCCCAGUCUGAUGCUUCCUGCCUGGAUAGCCAUUGAACCACCUGUCCAGCCUGCUGGGGUCAUCUUGGUUAGCGUCCACUCCAGCCCCAACGACCAGAUGCUUUGGGCAAUUGACAGCAAGUGCAAUGUGCAUGUCCGCUCUGGGGUCACCGAGGAGAUGCCAGUGGGGACCGACUGGGAACAUGUGCCAGGGCUGCAGGCCUGUCAGCUGGCGCUCAGCACCAGGACUGUGUGGGCCCGCUGUCCCAAUGGAGACUUAGCCCGGCGGUACGGUGUCACUGAGAAGAACCCAGCUGGAGACUACUGGAAGAAAAUUCCCGGGAAUGCAUUAUGUGUCACAGUGACUGCCGAGGACGAGCUGUGGGCAGUCGGUCCACAUGGUUCCCUCCUCCAGCGUCUGACGAAGACAUUCAGCCAUUCGCAGGGCACUCGGAAGGGCAGCCUGGCCACUACUAUGUCUCACCCUGAGGACUUUGAGGACGAGUGGGAGGUCAUCUGA